AUGGCACCUUUACCCCCUAUUUACCGUACUUUUGUUCAACCCGAGACUCUACCAGAGAAAAAGAGUUAUCCAGCACCAGAAGGUGUUAGCCAUGUUACUACAACUAUUUACUCCAAAUAUGCUGUUUUCAUUGAACAGGAUGAUCGCAGAGGUCUUAUCCCGGUCCACAAGCUUGAAAAAGCUAUUGCUAAAGCCUUGACCAAAUUUUAUCUCUUUGCCGGUCGUUUAUCACCCGAGCCACGAGGACGAUUUUCUAUUCAAGAUUUUGACAAGGGUUGUCUUUUUCAAGUAUGCGAGUUGCCUGAUUCAUUUGAAGAAUACAAAAAGAAUCGCUUUGGUUAUACCACUGUUCCUGUGGAUGAACUCAUGCCAAUUCAUCGCUAUGCCUCAUUUGAUACACCGCUUGUGGGUGUUCAGCUGACCCAAUUACAAGGUGGCCAGGCACUUGCAUACUCGAUCAGCCAUCGGUUGGCUGAUGGUGUGAUAUUUGCCAGGUUUAUGAGUGCUGUGGCCUAUGCUUUGCGAAAUGAAGAAGUGCCGCCUAUCGAAAUGUAUUACGACUGGCAACGUCCACCAUUGAAAACAAGUCCCAAGUACGACCACAGCAUUGAUUAUCCCGUGAUGAAAGAAAAAAUCCCCAAACCCGUGAUGGCAAUGGAUCCUGGUCCCUCCAUGAAACGUAUAAUUGCUAUUACUGAAGACAAAGCUCAGGAACUCAAACGUCAAAUGAAACAAGAAAUGCCUAAUAAGGAGGUCAAGAUAUCAGUACGUGAUGCUAUUACGGCUUUCAUGUAUCGAACCAUUGUCAAAGCAAGAAGGCUUAAGGGACAAUGUAAUUUGAUCUAUGUGGUGAGCACGCGUAAUGCACACCCCGAUAAACGGCUGCAGCAUUAUUUUGGAAACUACAUUACUCCAAUUACUGUUCCUGGAAAGCAUGAUGAGCUGAUCCAUAGCCCCGUGGUAUCUACUGCACAACGUAUCCGUGAACAUGUUAACAAGGUGAAUCCUGAAUACAUGGAUUCAUUGGAACAUUAUCUGAAUAAUCUGGAAGAUCCAAGCAAGGUGUUACCACCCCUAAGUCAAAUGACAUCUAAAGAUGUGAUGUGGUCCGAUGGGAGUCGAUUUGUAGCUGGCUACGAUGUUGGGUAUGGCAAGCAUAGCAGUGUGGCAAGAAGUUGGAGUAAUCCAAUGCCCGUGGCAUUGGUUGCUAUGGGGCCCAAUUAUAAGGGUGCGUUCGAGUUGAUGGUCCAAUUGGAUCCAGAGAGUAUGGAACGAUUGAUGAAUGAUAAGCAAGUGCAAUACUAUACACUUGGCGCUUUUUAA